AUCAACAUCAAUUUCCACUUGUCCACAAGAAAAAAUGUAGAAGUGCUCGAUAUGAAAAAUUCAUAUUCAUCUUCGUGCUCUGCUGCAUUUCCUCGACUCGAGUUUGCUAAUAAGUACUAGUAAAUACGACUAAGCACGUUCCUGUAGCAUGAUCUGGCAGCAGCUUUAGCUGAAGAUGGGAUUGCGAUUGGGAACUAGAAAAUCAUAUCUGCGAAGUUUCGUUUUCAAGUCGCCACGAAAGCUUUACUACUAAUUAUGGCGACUCAGUACCAGUUCGUUGAGUAGCAUCUACUUCUUCUUCAUUCCAACUACCCUAACGGUGUGUACUAUCUACGAAGAGACCGCAAAACAAAAACAACGAGGAAUUAUUUCGCGAAAAUUUGAACUACCAAGGGAUCGUCGCUUGCUCUUUCUUGUGCACGAGGAAUUGUACGUGCAACUUCUUCUUGCGAGCCUGAGCUUCUCCCGCUGCAGUUUUGGCCCAGACAGUGCAUAUCAGCCUUUCCUCGCGAAGUGGUGGACGUCGCAGAAGCCAGAAACUCUGCACAUCUUCCGAAGUGGGAGCGAGAACGACUACCCAUCAUGGAAUCGGACGUGCACAAGAAGAUUGUAAGCGGGAGAAAAGGAAUUAUGACGGAUCAAGUUCUUGUCGUCGAGUCAGAAAUGACCACAAGAAAGAGCACAUCAAACAGCAGCACGAUUCAGCUAGCCCCCGCUCAGGCGACAGCUGUGAUCGCCGAGCCCGAAUUAGAUGGAGAUCUAGUACGUCCUCGAACAGCUGCACUAGCUGAAGAGAGGAUGACGAGCGCGAGGAGCGCGACAGCCUCCACUGCGGCCCUGUCAGCACGACCGGGCGCAGAACAUGGUAAUUUCAGGAGGUCGGAGGAGGUGCCCAACUACAUCUCCUCGACGAUCGUGCCUCGACACGACGCACUGCAGUCCGUAGUUUGCACAUCAGAUCAUGCAGAUCAUCGCAACAAAGGCGUUUCGGCCGCUCGUUCAGGAGGAGAUGCUGCACGCGAGACCACCACCGUUGACAAGGAGCAAGGGGCGACAGGCAUGGCUAGUGUUAGUGUGCAACAAAAUCAAAAUAGGAACAGGAACAACAACUCCAGCACAUCCAGUACAAGUUUGGAGAGGGUUCCGAUCCACUUGCAACAACAUGAUGAGUACCGUCACGAGACGAAAAAUGAUGUCCAAGUGGCCGGAGGAAAAGUUUCCGCUUCGACGUGUACUGUGUAUGGCGUUCUCAUCACAAGCGUUAACACACUGGUGCUGACUGAUCGCUAUGUAUUGCCGUUGCGCGAUCGCUAUGUAUUUUUUUGAUUUUUUGCAUAAAUGCAAGGUGCGAUUUUUUCUUGAAGAUUCUACGUCCACCACAUUUGUAUAAAUGCAACGAGCGUAUAUAUUGAAUUUAAAGAUAAAGUGGUCGUGGUCCAGGCUUUUGCGUCUGCGACUCUUGAACCAUAUACAAAAUCUUCAUCUAACUUCUACAGGGAUCAUUUCAUUGAUUCUAACGCUUGAGAGCGCCAUAGUACUGCUGCAGAUCUAGUACAGCACCCUGCUGCAAAUCCAAAUCCAAGUAGAAGCGGAGGUCCAGCGGUGCAGCACCAGGUCGACCGCUACCAGUCCUCUGCUACGCAAGACCAGCCGCGCCAGGGGGAGCUGCAGUUGUACAAUCGAGAACCAAUGAUUCCGCCGGACACCGUAACUCGAGUAACAAAAACGAAGGCAGCUCACAGUAACUCACAGAAGAAAAAGAAAAAAAAGAAGAGCUCCUCCAAGAGUGCUGUGACGUCGCCUCGUCCCCGUGUAGAUGAAGUCCCGCCCGAAGAAGUUGCACCUGCUUCCGCAAGCCGCGCAACAAGCUGCUGCUUGCCAAGUUGUUUACGGCGACACCUGAUGAUGAUGCGCAGUUCCUUUGUUCGCAGCAAGGAUGACGAUCCUCGGGCUGCAGAAACUACAACUACUUUUUCGACGAGGACUCUUCUUUCAUCGCGUCGUAGACGUUUGUUGUCUUUUCGCUGGUGGAAGGAACUGAUGUGCGACAAGAGACCCGCCCAUUUUCGAGCAGGAAGCACAAACAAUGAGGAGUCGCUGACUGCGCCGCUGCAACUCGAGCUACAACAUCCAUGGGAUGCUGAUGCGGACCGAGCAAACAGCCGCGGUGAUGCGCUAGGUGGUGAGACCAGCGCGAUCAGCGCAGUGGAGGACGGUGCAACUACCUACAACGCCACAACAGCACCAGCGCUGUCUAGUACCGGACCGAGCACCUCCACGGGAGCAGAUGAACGCUCUUUUCCAGCAGAAGGAGCAGGAGCGUCGCACCUGCAGAGGCGAGGUACUUUUUGUGAAGAAGAUGAUAAGAAGCAGAUGAAGCUGCAAUCACGGCGGUCAACAUCCUCCUCGCGCUUCUCCUGGUGGAAAGUGAUCGUCACUUUGUAUCACGAAAGAAAAAUGUCUCAGUCCCAACUUGUAAUGCAAACGCUGCUUAAGACACUAACUUUCAGUUUUUUGUCAUGCUUCUGCACAUUCAAGAUGAAAGGUGUCUGCCAGGUAUGCUUUUAUCGCAGGCAUGUGUAGUCUACUGACACUUCACAAGUUUAUUUGUGUGUCAUGCUAAACCGAAACUGAAAUUCGUGUUGCCUUAAUAGUGAGUCUGCAAAGAUUUGAGACUUCUGAGACAGUUUUUUCCUUGGAUGCUUUGUACUUGGUUCUCAUAACCAUGUUCGUGCUUCGACGGGCGCUGAAGAUCCGGCGGCUGAAGCGGAAGCUGCGACAAGCGUACGCGCUGCGGGAGGUGCUAGCGCGGCGGGCGCGGAGGCGAGCCGCCGUGAUGAUGCGAAGUGACGGGCACGAUAGUGAGGAGACCCCCCACGCCGGGCAAAGAGAUCUGAAUUAUUCAGUAAACAGAUACAGCGAAGAUAUCGACGCGGUGCAACUUCUAGCAUCGUAUCGUAGGGAAAAAACUCUUUCACCGUAGACUUGAUGUGCUUAGUCAUGCAGAGGAUGCAUAAUUAUAUGCAACAACACAGCGGCACAAGUAGAAGAGCCGAAGUAUUGCAAGUUUUGCACAAACUAGUGAUGGUCGUGCAAAAGUUGCGUAUAAAAUCCUUGCAGUGAAGCAGUUUUUUCCUGUGAUAGAUCUGCGCGACCCUUCAGUACGAGUACCACGAGCGGCUUGCCUCGCGCGGCUGGCGCUAAAACCUCCAGGAGGAGCUCCUUGUACAAUAAUCUGCACAUCAAAAAUCUGUAUGCACCGGACGAGGACGAGCACUACGACAAUAAAGCUCGGUAUGGCAGCGUCAGAUUGGUGGAUAUCGACAAAGAGGAAAAGAUUGGCGAUGCAUGAAAUGUGAGGCACAGAGUGCAGCCUGUCGUGCAGUGAUGGCAUUUGAGGUCGAUUGCAGCCUGUUAUAAUUUGGUGUUAGUGAUAGAAGUGCACGACAGAAGUCGUCUGCUUUGCUCGUCCAAGCAGCAUGGCAAAUGCAAGUUGGAUAAAGACGAACCCUAAAUCUGUCGUGCGCGGCCGCUUCGAGAAAUUGUAGCCCGGCCGGUAUCUUCAAUCUUUUACAUCCUUGCAUGCCAUUUCCAUCUUGCCGAUUCCCAACGACCUAGCGCAACCAUAAUUGGCGAGAAGUAGGGUCUUCCGCUCUUUUUCCGUGGUCUUCGUGGUCGUCAGACGGAGUAGUUUCUGCUGGUGGCGCAACGGCAACCGCGGCAACGACGAAGAAGAUUCAUCGGAAAAAUAACCUGCGUGGGAGUGCGAGGUUGGCUGCACUACAACAGAGGAGCCACAGUGAAGACCACGCUGUUCCGUCCGAUGAUGUUCUUGCAACGAAUAGGGAAGAGAAGCAAGAUGAACCCCCGAGCGACCAUGAAGGAGAAGUAGUACCGGCGCUCGAGGAUCCCCAUGCUCCUCCUUUCGGCGAUGUUUAUUUGAUGAAGGGCAAGAUUGCGAGCAGCAGUGAAACGGAGGGGGAACAUCAAGAAAAUUAUAGGGAGACGGCGUCGGAGGUCGUUCUUCCGGGAAGAGGUGACGAUCAUGAUCUAGCACUACCUGAUGCCGCUGCAGCCCAGCCGAGAUACCGGUUUCGCGGUACGGCAGCCAUGCGCAGUAUCAAAUGUAAAAAUGUCUGGGUCUGGAAGAAUGCAAGAUUUGUGAUGCAGGUUUUCCAUGACCCAUGAGGUCUGGAAUGCGAGACCCACCAUGACAGAUUUUUUGAGGAGGUCUCUAUCAUGCCUUUCCUGCAUGAGAAACUCCCUCUCGACUUGGUCAAAAGCGGACAGCUUUUUGCACUUACGCAACACAGAUUUUUGCAUCAUUUAGAUUUAGCAUGACAAGUUGCAUUCUUCCAGACCCAGACAUUUUUACAUUUGAUACGCAGGAAGGAGACGCAACAAGCUCAGGAGGAAGCAGCCACCCAGGAGGAAGCAGCCGCGCCCGCGUCAUCCUUCUAUGAACUGCAAAAGUAUCGUACUCGUAGUAAUUGCAGGCAUUCAUUACAUACAAAUCUUUUUCGUUAGGUAAAUCCGCAUUACAAAUUUUAUUUCUCAUGCUGAGAAAAUUUGUAGUGCAUUUUUAUAUACGAGCGCUGUACUUUUGCACAGGAUACCUUCCUCGAGACGUCCACUGGAACGCACACGGAGGUAGCGAGGCAGGAAACAGCGACGCAGGAAACAGCGAGGCAGGAAACAGCGAGGCAGGAAACAGCGAGGCAGGAAACAGCGAGGCAGGGAACCUCCGGGAGGCAGGGAACUAAAGCGAAGCAGGGCUUUAUUGACAAUAUAGGCGACAUGCCGGGCGACAUCGGAGAUACCUUGUUCGGGAUGGGGUGGGUUACUACAUUUGGUGCGAAAGAUAUCCAAGAAAAAAACAUUGUAGGUGUAACUUUUUUGGAGCAACAGCAUUACAAAUUUGCCUGGCAUGACAGCAAAAACCUGUCAUGCGCAGGUAGUACGUGAAAACGCCUUUUAAUGGGCCCUACGAUGCAUGCCAAGCAUGACAGACGCAAUCAUAUUGCAGGUUGCGCAUCACAAAUUUACACUAACAACGUUUUUUUCUUGGAUAAAAGACGCAGUGGUGAACAACCUUGAGAACGUCCUUGACGUUGGUGAGCAACUUGCAAAACCCGUGGAAAUGUUUGCACAGGGUACCGUAUCCGUUUUAUGGAAGCGUCAGGUUUGAAAUCGUCAAAAUUGAAAGAGCUUUGCAUCCCAUAAAAUAAAUCAAAGUCGUGCUUAAUAGCACAAACCUCCUGUAUUGGCGAGUAGGCAAGCGAGGCCUGCUGUUGUAGUAAGCCUUAGCUUGCCGAGGUUUAGAAGUGCAAGUGGAAGGAACUACCGCAAACAAGCACUUGAAAAGCAAUCGCGUUUGCCGCCAACACAACUGCGGUGAGUCGGAUUCUUUCAGGAGCUUCCAUGACGAAAGGGGUGGCCCGUUCCGCAUGGGCCGUCGCGUUUUCACAAUGCACAACGCGGCGAGAAGUAGUCGGCUAGACCCGUGGUCGCGGGCCGUCGCGCGUUCGGGUUGCCUAGGGCGAGCGCGGGCCGACCGGUUCACCGGGCCCGGGUCAAGAGCCAGGCCCCCGGCCCCCAAACUUUUUCGCGGGCGGCAAAAGAGAGGCCUCGCGGUCAGCUGUGCGACAGCCGUGCAACAGCCCGGCCCCAACGCAGGGUGCGCUGCGCGGGACCUGCGGCACGGCUGCGAGACAGGUGUGAGGCCGGUUGGGGGCAGGCUCGCGACAAAUGUUACACAGGUGUGAGAGAGGUGUGAAAUAAGUGCGCAAUAAGUGCGCAAUAAGUGUGCAACAAGUGCGCAACAAGUGCGCAACAAGUGCGGAUAGGUGUGAAGUAAGUCUUUUUCUAAAAGAAAACGGACUUAUUUCACACCCAUCCGCACUUGUUGCACACUUGUUGCACACUUGUUGCGCACUUGUUGCGCACCUGAUUCCGGCUGCUGCGCGGGCUGUUGCACAGCUGCCGCGCGGGUGCCUCACAGCUGCUGCCGGCCUGCCGCCGGGCGGAACCAGAGAAAAAAAAUCCGCGUCAGUGGGGGCGAGGUGAAACAAAAUUUUCGCGCGCGCUGCGCGCGCGGAGAAGGUUAUCCUACUCGCUUCGCCUCUCGUGCUUUCAUAGAAAAAAGGGCCGGCGCCCCAUGUUUAUAAUUUUCGGCGCUGCGGCAAAAUCUGCCAUGAGCGACUCCGCUAAAAAAAACCGAGCGCGGCACCCCGAGACCAAAGACUAGAAAAAAAGAGCGCCGAGGAGGCGGACCGCGGUGCCAAAACGCGGCCAGAUCGAUGCAGUUUUAGAAGUUUGCACACCUGUUUCACAUCUAUCCGCAAGAGGUAGCAAUAGGGACACUUCUGGUCCAACGCUAGAAAAGCAUUCGCGUUUGCCGCCAACACAACUGCGGUGAGUCGGAUUCUUUCAGGAGCUUCCAAAAUAUUGCUUUGCGACGCUUAGAAGCUGAAGUUCAAGGUGAUCGCCCAUGAUCAACCGGUAUGUAGCGGCUGCAUGCGUUGUAAGUUGUCUCACUUUCGUCGAUUUCGAGCCUGGCGCUUCCACACGUAGGAAACGAACUUUUUGUACAGCACGAUUUGGGCGGUGCAUGGGGCGAGGCAUCACACCUCGUUCCCCAGGGCCGCGACUUCUUGGUGGACACCGCCGAUGACAUAUCACAGAAAAAGUGUUAACCUUAGCGGAAUUUGUGAUGCAAUGACGCACGACCACAAAACGUGCCCAAAUUCAUUUGUCAUGUAUAGCAUGCAGAUUAGGCUAGAUCUGUCACGCGUGACUUCAUUCUGUGAAAACCGUGAACGUUAACACAACUUUUUUGUUUGAUAUGACAUCGUCGAAGCACCAGCAAUAUAUCCAGGAAAAAAUAACACCCAUCCCCAGCCAUUUUUUGGAUGACAAACACCGCAGCUUGUGCAUGUUUUGCAUGACAAAGUGGAUGGGGAUGGGUGAUGUUUUUUCCUGGAUACAAUAUCCAGCGUGAAUAUAAUCUCUGGGUUCGGGGAAGUAGCACUUGCCAUGUUUGCUUCGCGCUUUGUUUUUUUUCCCUGUAGAAUCGGUCUUGUGUGGCCAACAUCAACAAAUGAAGUAGCGCGUGUACUAUCAUCCGUCAUGCACAUGCUGAGUGGCGAUUGAUACUACACGCGACGCUGUUUUUGAAUUGUAAAAGCGGAAUUUAAAUUUUGUAAUCCUUGCUCGUGUGGUCUUCAGAAAGAGCGUUGGAAAACCUCGCUCUCAUGAUCGAUGGAUCAUGCUGGGCUGCAAUAAAUAUAAAUUUAGUUGUCAAUCACAAUCAGGCUGAGCUGUCAGUGUCACGACAGAAUUGUUUCAGAGGACUCAGGCAUAUUUACACUGGAUAGGCAAAUCUUAUUGAAAGCGCACUCGGCUUUGACAUCCAGUGGGACAAGGACUGGGAUUUUGACUUUGGGGACGGAGACUUCGGGUACGUCAAUUUCGUGAAAGACGAGGACACACACGACGCACAGUAUGCAUUGCAAAAGUAUUAAUAUCGCAGUAGUAUGAUUCGCAUGACGGAUUUUCUUAAGAAGAGAGUUGCAGUAGCAGUUUGUCACGCAGAUCCAGGUAAAGAUUUGUCAUGCAGUCUUCCGAUGAUCAGUAGUUGUACUAGUAUGAGUGCGAUAUUACUUUUGCACAGGAUACGCAGAUGGACCUAGCAAAUUACGGCCUGAACACUGUGGAAUGGACGGUGGACACGGUCACCCUAUCAACUGCAAAAGCAUCGUACUAGUAUAAAUUGCAAUACAAAUUACCUCAGCAUUACAAAUUAAAUUUGUAAUGCGGAAUUGUCUUUCGAAAAAGAUUUGUAAUGCAUAAAAGCAAUUAGUACGAGUACGAUACUUUUGCACAGGAUACACCCAGCCCUUUGACUACAUGGGGCAGGGUAUCCUGAGUAAAAACGUCCCCACCCCUCCAUAGUUGUCAUGCAGAUUUGCGAUUCAUCAGGAAAAUUUGUAAUGCGCAUCUCCAUGGGAGGCAUUUCCAUCCGCGUUUUGGAAUUUGUAAUGCUGUAAACAGGAUAAGCAGGUGGAUUUGAAAUGCGGUUGUCCUUGCUAAAAACAUGCACUACACUACGGACUGCAACUUCUCAUGCGUGGCUCCCAAAACUUGUGGACUUGACUUGUCUUGCUAGGUUCCCAACUUGGCUAUGGGGAUGUGAGGACGUUUUUACAUAUGACACACCGGCUUGUGAACUAUGUCGUGGACACCUUCGAAGUUGAUAACGCGCUGGGAGUAUGAACUGCAAAAGUUUCAUACUCGUAUAAAUGCAUGACAAAUGAUUUCCUCAGCAUGAGGAAUAAAAAAUUUGUAAUGCGGAUUUCCCUGAAGAAAAAAAUCUGUAAUGCAUCAUGAUUGCAAUACGAGUGCGAUACUUUUGCACAGGAUAGCGGGACUUGACCAACAACGCCGUCAUACACGGGUGGGACCAGCUAUGCAUGGCAAAUAUGUCUGGGUCUGGAAGUAAAGUGCAAGUUUGUGUUGCUCUGCUAGCAUGAUGACUCCCGAAUCUGUCAUGCAGGAUAUUGCCCAAAGGUUCCAAUUGUUUGUCAUUCAAAAACGCAGUUUGUCAUGCUGAAUGCUGUCAGACAACACCUUGCACCUCAGAAACUUGUCAUGCUGAAGACCCGUCAUUUGUCGCGUCUCCAUGUCUCGCCGGCCAGCAUCACAAGUUUCCAGACGUCCAGACACAUUUGCAUUUGAUAUCAGGAAGACUGGCACGACUGGUUGGUGCACGACCCGGGUUCGCACUUUUGGGACUUGAACGGAGACGGUACCCACGCGCCCAAUCCGCUAUUAUUUCACGGUGAGGCGGAGGGCCUGACUUUGUAUCCACAGUAAGUCUAUUCCCGUACUACGCGUACAAAUGCUGGCUCCGCAUGACAAAACUAGCGUAGGAGCUUAUUCAGCAUGACAAAUGCGUGGUAAUAAAAAAAUAUGCUCUAAGUUGGCCGCGAAGUUUGUGAUGCAUUUUGUACAUGAGCGGGAAAAAAAUUGUACUGCAUACUUUGGAACAGUUAUGGAGAGAAAAAAGUUUGUCACAGUCACUAACUUGCAGGCUUUGCAUUACAAAUUUUCUCAGCGUCACAAACUUUCCUUGUAUUGCAGAAACACUAGGGAAAUCCCUAAUGAAGUUUGGCUGUGAUGCAUUUUUACGCAUGACAAACAAUUUUGUAUUGCAAGAAUGCGCAUAAGUGAUCGUGACGAACUUUUUUUCUUCGAUAACAGCAGCCAGAUGCCAUGGAUGCGCUGCGGCACACCAAACAGGACUUGCAAGACCUGA